CAACAAUCCCGAUCAGUUUAAAAAUCAGAAAACUGUCGAUCGAUCGUUCCUUCACCCUUUCAUCAUCAUCAACUCAUUCCAUUUCCAAACCACCACUUCAUUUCAUCUCACUUCAUAUCUCGUUUGUCUACCUUUUUGUUAGUUCUCAAAUCCUAAUUCAUAAUCAAACAAGAUGGUUUACAAAGUUGCAGAUAUCUCUUUGGCUGCAUGGGGUCGAAAGGAAAUCGAGUUGGCUGAGAAUGAGAUGCCCGGUCUUAUGUACCUUCGUCAGAAGCACGGCGCCGCUCAGCCUCUCAAGGGUGCCCGUAUUGCUGGUUGUUUACACAUGACCAUUCAGACCGCUGUUUUGAUUGAGACUCUUACCGCACUUGGUGCCCAAGUCUCAUGGUCAUCAUGUAACAUCUUCUCUACCCAAGAUCAAGCUGCUGCUGCCAUUGCUGCUACCGGCGUACCCGUCUUUGCCUGGAAAGGCGAGACCGAAGAGGAAUACCUCUGGUGUAUCGAACAAAGCUUAACCGCUUUCCCCGAUGGUAAACCACUCAACAUGAUCCUCGAUGAUGGUGGUGACCUUACUUCCCUCGUUCACGAGAAGUUCCCUCAAUACCUAGCCGAUAUCGGUGGUGUCUCCGAGGAAACCACCACUGGUGUUCACCAUCUCUACAAGCUCCACAAGCAAUCCAAAUUGAAAGUGCCAGCUAUCAACGUCAAUGACUCAGUCACCAAGUCUAAAUUCGACAACUACUAUGGAUGCCGAGAGUCCCUCGUGGAUGGUAUCAAACGAGCCACCGAUGUCAUGCUUGCUGGUAAAGUUGCCGUCGUCGCUGGUUUUGGAGAUGUCGGAAAGGGUUGCGCUGAGAGUUUGGCCAGCUACGGUGCCCGAGUCGUCGUCACCGAAAUCGACCCGAUCAACGCUCUUCAAGCCGCCAUGGCUGGUUAUGAAGUGACCACCAUGGAAGAGGUCGCCAGCCGUGCCAACAUCUUCGUCACCACCACCGGAUGUCGAGAUAUCAUCGUCGGUAAGCACUUUGAAGCCAUGCCCGAAGAUGCUAUCGUUUGCAACAUCGGACACUUUGACAUCGAAGUCGAUGUCGCAUGGUUAAAGCAGACUGCCAAGUCGGUCAGCAACAUCAAACCUCAAGUUGAUCGAUACACUAUGCCCUCCGGCCGACACAUCAUCCUCCUUGCUGAGGGUCGAUUGGUCAAUUUGGGAUGCGCUCACGGUCACCCUUCAUUUGUCAUGUCCUGCUCCUUCGCCAACCAAACUCUUGCCCAGAUCGCAUUAUGGCAAGACAAGGACAAUAGCCAAUACCCUGUCGGAGUUCACAUGCUACCAAAGGCUCUGGAUGAGGAAGUAGCCCGUGCUCACUUGGCUUCGUUGAACGUUAAACUUUCAACGAUGUCCACGGCCCAAGCUGAAUACUUGGGUCUUAGCGUUGAUGGACCUUACAAGGUCGAUCACUACCGAUACUGAUCAUCUGGCUCCCCCAUCCGGAUUAGUAAUCCCAUUUUGUGCAUCAUGUAUUGUUACGAUUCGUAAAAUAAAAGACGACGAUGUUGGCUUAGCUGCAUGACAUCGCGGCGAACACGUGGUUCAACCCACUAAUGUUUGGAUUUAAGUGUAACGACGGUUCUUAUCGCAUCAUUUGACAUCAAUUAAAAAUAUACCUUGUGUUGAUUUGUGCACUCAUC